GUAUAAAAGCUAGAAGAAAACAGUCAACUUCAGGAGAGAGGUGAACAUGAGGAAAAUGUAAGCUCGCGAAAAAAAAGAAGAUAAAUACGAUGUCUAUUGAAACAUCAAUGAAUGUAUAUGGCUGAGGUAUCUUAAAAAAUUUUGUGGCCAUCGAUGGCGACUAAACUGAUCGGUUUACACCUCUACACUUUCAUCAUUCAACAAUCUUAGAAUACUUCAUAAAACUUAAAAUCGGAAGUCUCCGUUAUUUUUUCUUCGUAUAAAUGAAAUAUGCAUAAAUUACAUUUUAUUAUUUUUAUUUUAGGUUUACAAACAAUUAAUAUAACAUUACGUAUUCUUCAUCGACCAAGAGCUGAACUUUUACCGAAAAUUUUUUGCAAAUUUGGUUUUAAAAUCUGUUGUACUAAGUCUCAAUUUGAUGCUAUUGAAUUGAUUACACAACAUACACUUAUUUUUCAAUGUGUUAGUGAAUUAUUAACAGAACAUGCUGCUCAAUUUGGUUUAUUACUUGAUGAUAUUUCAAUUACACAUUUAAGUUUUAGACCUGAAUUUACAAGUGCUGUUGAAUUAAAACAACGAUUUUUAGUCGAAAAAACGGAACAAAGUCGUCAAGCAAAUGUUAUUGCAGCAGAAGGUGAUGCUCGUGCAGCUGAUUUGAUUGGCAAAGCUUUAGAUGAAGCUGGUGAUGGUUUGAUCGAACUUCGACGAAUUGAAGCCGCUGAAGGUAUUGCAAAUCAACUAUCAAAAUCAAGAAACAGCGCCUAUAUACCACAUGGUCCUCAAAUGUCACUUAACAUUACUGGUAAUCAAAAUUAUAUAAAUACUCGAUUUCGUUCACCACUUGUCAAUUAUUUACCACAUUUGGUUCCAUCUCAAGUAGCUACAGCUCAUUUUCAACUUGUUCUAUCACGUAAUCAUCGUUUUGGUAUUGAUUCAAUUCCAAUAGGAAUUUGUUAUGCUGGAACAGGUGAUCAUGGUUUUAGUCGACGAAGAUUAUUUAUUGCAGUUCUAUUAAUUAAUCAAUACCCUAUAUGUUCAAUUCUUCUUGAAAAUCCAUAUUAUGGUUUAAGAAAACCACCAGAUCAAUCUCAUUCAUCAUUAUUAUAUGUUACCAAUUUAUAUAUCAUGGAAGUACUUGUUUUAGAAACACUUAUACUACUUCAUUGGUGUCAAAAAAUGAAAUUAACAUCAGCUAUUCUACAUGGUUUUUCUCUUGGUGAACAUAUAGCUUCAUUAGCAUUUACAAACAUUUUGAUUGUACUCAAAAUUCUUCUUUCAUCUAUUGAAGAUUUAGCUAAAACAGGUAUUAUUGAUAUCGUAGUACUUGAUACAUUUCGUCAAAGUCGAAUACGACAUAUGAUAUUUGUUGGUCGACGUAGACUAAUUCAAAUAUUGUCAUUUACUAUAAAAGAAUUUCGUGAACUUACUAAAUUAACUGGUUUACAAUCAAUGUUAAACAAAGAAGAUUUUAAUUGA